AUUGAAGGUGCCAGGCGCUGCAUCGUCAAAAUGAUUGUUGGGGGUGACUAUUUUCAAGGUUCACAUGAACAUAAUCUCAUGGCAGAAUCUUUGAUCCAUGAUUCUUCAAGAGCUCCUAGAUGCAAUGACAACACAAAUAUUGAGAUACAGAAAUACAAAGCGCCGUCGUUUGAAGUCCUUUCUGAUUCAAUUAAUCUUUCCUCUGAAGCUGCAAGAGCAAUCAACCACCUUCAGCAUCAACUAGGAAUAGAUUUGGAGCAAGAUAUGCCACCAAUGGAAACUGCGACGUGGGAUACUUCUAUCUGCACUAUGCAAGACCACAUCAUCAACCAUCAGAUUAGCGAAGAUCCACAAGACAUAUUGGUGGAACAGCAGAUUCGACAGUAUGAUGCUGCACUUUAUCCAAACAGUACUUACACACCAGCACCGGAUCUCUUAAAUCUUCUCCAUUGCACUGUGGCUCCAGGAUUCCCUGCAACAUCUGCCUUUGGUGAUACAGCACUGAAUGGUACCACCUAUUUGGAUCUUAAUGGUGAGUUGACAGGAGUGGCAGCAAUUCCCGACAGCGGCUUAAUGUUCACUAGUGAUUCAGCCUUGCAGUUAGGGUAUCAUGCUACCCAGUCUCAUACACUAAAGGAUAUCUGCCACUCACUGCCGCAAACUUAUGGGUUAUUCCCCAAUGAAGAUGAAAAGGAUGCCAUGAUUGGGGUUGGAAGUGUAGGAGAUCUUUUUCAGGACAUAGAUGACAGGCCAUUCGAUACCGUACUAGAAUGCAGAAGAGGAAAGGGUGAGUUUGCGAAGGGCAAAGGAAAAGCUAACUUUGCAACUGAGAGGGAGAGGAGGGAACAGCUAAAUGUGAAGUACAAGACGUUAAGAACGCUCUUCCCCAAUCCUACCAAGAAUGACAGGGCCUCAAUAGUAGGGGAUGCCAUUGAAUACAUAGAUGAGCUGAAUCGUACAGUGAAGGAACUGAAGAUCCUAGUGGAGCAGAAGUGGCAUGGAACUAAUAGGAGAAAGAUAAUAAAGUUGGAUGAAGAGGCAACUGCUGAUGGCGAAAGCUCGUCGAUGAGACCAAUGAGGGAUGAGCAAGACAAUCAGCUCAAUGGGGCCAUAAGAAGCUCCUGGGUUCAGAGGAGGUCAAAGGAAUGCCAUGUUGAUGUCCGCAUAGUGGAAAAUGAAGUAAACAUCAAGCUCACUGAAAAGAAGAAGGCCAACUCCCUGCUUCAUGCUGCAAAGGUUAUUGAUGAGUUCCAUCUUGAGCUCAUCCAUGUGGUUGGAGGGACUAUUGGAGAUCACCACAUAUUCAUGUUUAAUACUAAGGUAUCUGAAGGCUCCUCGGUUUAUGCUUGCGCAGUGGCUAAGAGGCUCCUUCAAGCAGUGGAUGCACAACACCAGGCCCUUAACAUAUUCAACUAA